AUGAACUGGUACAAGUCAUUCCUACCGGCGGCCACUACAAACUCGACAGAUUCUCGGUUUAUAUACGCUUACAGCGAAGCCAUUAUUGGCUUUGCUGCAAAUCUUACGGAGGAUGAAGUGAAGGACAUGGAGAAGAAUGACAACUUUCUAAAAGCCUAUCCUGAUCGCGUGCUGCCUCUCUUGACUACGCGCACUCCCGACUUCCUGGGGCUACAGACGGACGACGGACCCUGGAGGAACUACGGCAUGGGCAAAGGGAUCAUCAUAGGACUGCUCGACACCGGGAUCACACCUGAUCAUCCUUCGUUCGGCGAUGAAGGACUGCUGCCUCCGCCUUCUAAAUGGAAGGGAUCCUGUGACCCAAAAUUUCACUGUAAUAACAAACUCAUAGGGGCGAAACGAUUUUUCGAAGGUCGCAAGGUGGACAUGAGUACUGACACGCUUGGACAUGGUACUCACACCGCAAGCACGGCUGCAGGGAACUUCGUCAAGAAUGCAACAGUACUUGGAAAUGGCAAUGGCACGGCCGCUGGCACGGCACCGCACGCUCAUCUAGCGAUAUACCAAGUUUGCGUUUCUAUGGGAUGCUUUGCAUCUGACGUCCUAGCCGGAAUGGACGAGGCUAUCAACGACGGGGUGGACGUGUUGUCUCUCUCACUAGGGGGCAUUUCGCGUCCUUUUCACGACGACGUGAUCGCAGUCGGUGCCUUCCGCGCGGUCAAGAGGGGAAUCUUUGUAAGUUGCGCAGCAGGUAACUCCGGCCCGGCAAACACCUCGCUUAGCAAUGAGGCCCCGUGGAUCCUUACAGUAGGGGCAAGCACGAUGGAUCGACAGAUAAAAGCGAUCGUGAAGCUCGGUAACGGACGAGAGCUUCUUGGUGAAUCACUCUUCCAGCCUCCCGACUUUCCGUCGACCAUGCUUCCUCUUGUAGACCCAACAAGUGCGAGAGGUGGCGAUUGCAAUUUCGAUAACGUCGUUUUUGGUAACGUGAAAGGAAAGUUCGUCGCCUGCGAGAAGACCAUGUCGAGGGCCUAUCUGGACUAUAUAGUUAAGAAAGGAGGCGGUGCUGGAAUAGUAAUCUUGAACCAGGAGGAAGAGGGAGACACCACCAUCGCGGAAGCUUACUCUCUCCCGGCGUCUCGCAUCAACUUUGAAGGCGCGUCGAAUUUGAGGAACUACCUGAACUCGACGAAUAAACCGGUCGCCUCAAUUUCUUUCAAUGGUACAUGCCUAGGAACUUCUCCGGCUCCUGUUAUCGCUUUCUUCUCUUCUAGAGGGCCUAGUGGCCAAAGCCCUGGUAUUCUAAAACCCGAUAUCCUCGGCCCUGGAGUGAAUGUUCUUGCAGCAUGGCCUUCCGACGUUGGCUCAUCCACCAAAAAUUCGACUAACCGGACUUUCAACAUCAUAUCCGGAACUUCAAUGUCCACUCCCCAUCUAAGCGGUAUUGCUGCGCUGAUUAAAGCUGCACAUACAGAUUGGUCACCUGCAGCAAUCAAGUCGGCAAUCAUGACAACAGCAGAUAUAGCAGACAACGACAGCAAUCUGAUAAGGGACGAAGCGCGAAAUUCUGCAAGCUUCUUCGCCAUGGGUGCAGGGCAUGUGAAUGCUUCGAAAGCUAUGAAUCCCGGCCUAGUCUACGAUACUGAUGUCGACGAUUACGUAGCUUAUCUUUGUGGGUUGGAUUACGAAGAUAAGAAUGUAGAGUUGAUCACUGGCAAAAAGGUUCCUUGUUCGACGGUAAAGAAAAUCACGGAGGCCGAGCUGAAUUACCCAUCUCUUGUUGUGAGCCAAGAGUUAGGCAGGCUUACGGUGAAUAGGACGGUGACGAAUGUGGAAGAAGGAGAGUACUCGACGUAUACGAUCGAUAUCAGCAUGCCCGAGGGCAUAUCAAUAGAUGUGUCGCCAAGGACGUUAAAGUUCUCUGCGGCAAAAGAGAAGAAGAGCUUCACGAUAAGCAUGAAUUGGUCGACCGCCAAGACUGGCGAUGCGAAAGGAGACAUUAAAUGGGUGUCAAAGAAGCAUGUUGUGAGAAUUCCUAUUGUUAUCUACUAG